GAAAGGUCGUGUAUUGCUCUAGUUGGGCCAUGCGCAUAUACUAAACACACUUACCUCGUAUUCCACGCCGGUCGCUCGUGAUAGUACAAAAAGAUACAGUUACAAAGAAAAUUUCGCAAAAUCAAAAAAGAACACUGAUAAAAAAGUUUUGACGGCAAGAACCAUCAACCAUGCUUCGUCCGUCUCCGUUUCUCCAGAACAAGGCACUCGUGUGUGUCAAGCGCGUCAUUGAUUACGCGGUCAAGGUGCGCGUCGCAAAAGACAAGUCCGGGGUCGAAAUCAAGAAUGUGAAGAUGAGCAUGAACCCCUUCGUAUCUCCCUGAGUAGAAACGUCCCUAACCCUAGCCCAUCGUUGUUGUCAAGAUGGAAUAAUUUCCGCUAAAGGAAGGUGGUAGUUUUGUGAACUUCGCAGCUCGUCACGGGCUUGCUGCGCAUGAAACACAUCCUGGGCAUGCAGCUCGACAUGUUGACAUCAAAUUUAAUUGGGUUGGGGAUGUUUUUCCUCACAACACUUCUGCGAGAUCGCGGUCGAGGAAGGUAUCCGCAUGAAGGAAAAGGUAUGGAAACGUCAGAGUCGAAAUCGACAAAGUUGAAAUGAAUUUGUGAUGCGUAAAAUCCUCGAUACCAGUUGCAAGCCCAAUUUCUGGGCGGCGCUUGACAAAUUUCGGUAUAAUCACCCGAGUUUAGUUUGUCAAGCUGUUUGGGGAAAAAAGGGAUCUUUUGCCAUGCUACUUUAGCAGCCCCCCCUAUGUCUAUCCUCAAACAGGCUUCCAGUGUCCUUCCUAGCCUGCUCUGCAAUACAGGAUUCGUGUGGAGGAAGAUUGCAUUUUGUGCAUUACACAUUUUGUUGUUUUUCAUUUUCAACUUUUUGCCAAUUUCGGUCCUGACGCUGCCAUAACAGGGUCUGCUGACAGAGUUGAUCGCGGUUUCCAUCGGGGCGGAGAAAUCGCAGGAAGUGCUGCGCUAUCAAAUGUAAAAAUGUCUGGGUCUGAAAGAAUGCAAGUUUGUCAUGCUUGUCUGGCAUGACUCGAGAAUCUGUGUUGCGUAGGCACGAAAGAGUCCUCUUAACUGUCAUGCGAAAAGGCAGUUUGCCAUGCGGAAUACGUAAAGACAUGGCAGCCACAAAAUUUGUCAUGCAUAGCUGCGUAUUGUGGCGCGUCUAUCAUUCACUUUGAGCAUUACAAGUUUCCACACCCAGACAUAUUUGCAAUCCAUAUGCGCCAGAGUCUCGCGAUGGGUGCAGACCGAGCGAUUUUGCUGACGACCGACAUGCGAACCGACCAGGAAUUGCAACCUCUGGCGGUGUAUCCUCUGCAAAUAAAGUGUCGUACUCGUACUAAUCGCAGUCAUGCAAGACAAAUUGCGUUUUCAAGCUAAAUCAGCAAGAGAAAUUCCAUUUGUCAUGCUGAGCUAAUUUGUAUCGCAAUACUACGAGUACGAUAGUUUUGUAUUUCAUACGACGGCGAAGCUGUUGCAGAAAGUGGUAGAAAAGGAGAGUCCGAAUUUGGUUUUGUGCGGUAAAUAUCAAAUGCAAAAGUGUCUGGGUCUGGGAUGUUGCCGGGUUUGUCAUGCGUAUUUUGCAUGACCCAGGAUUGUUUGUGAUGCAUGCCCUACCAUCACAGACUUUUAGAACCCUUCCUGAUGCCUACUCCGCAUGGCAAACGCUCUCCCCGCGUAGCAAAAGCUAGACUCCUCUUGCUGGUCAUGCAAUGCAGAUUUUUUUAGAGUCGAAAGUUAGCAUCACAAGUUCCAACCUUCCAGACCCAGACGCUUUUGCCUUUGAUAGUAAGCAGUCCAUCGACUCGGACAGUAACCAGGUGGGGCAGAUUAUCGCAAGAAAAAAGUGUUACAGUUACACAUUGUGUUGCAGGCCAAGCAAAGCAGACAAGCUCUGUCAUGCCGGAUAUGCAUAGGAGCCUCGUUUCAGAGCUGUUUAUUUUCCCGUAGGAUUUCUGCAUUGCAGGGUUUCUCUCUCAUGCAGAGAAAUUUGUGUUGCUGAAUUCACUACAAAUGUGCAACUGUAGCACUCUUUUCGUAGCAUACAGAUCCUCGCGGGGCUGCUCAACUGGCCCCAGUCCACUUUCACCUCCUCCAUCGACGGCACCGCCUAUGAGAGUGCACCACUCUCCCUCCCCCUCGCUUGUAUUGCGUGAGCAGCAAUAGAAACACCAGCGCAAAUGAAGUCUGCGCAUGACAAGUUCAUCAUCUGCGGCCAUGGCACAAUGGGGGGGCAAAGUGUGUCGCAUUUUGUUUACUAGCAUGACAAGUUCAUCAUGCGCGUAGCGUAGCACUGCUUAGGCUUCCUCGAGAUGAAUCUGUCAAGCAAACGGUGCCUCAAAGCAGCGCAGCGCGUGGAAUUGUGAUUUUGCAUGACAAAUGAGAGGGACGGGGAAUUGUGCACUGUCAUACCGCGGAGGCUCUCACCACGGAGCGGGAAGUCGACGCGGGGAUUCAAACGAUGAAGCUUUCCCUGCCGGCGGUGAUCACGGCCGAUUUGCGGUUGAACGAUCCACGGUACGCGACCUUGCCGAUAUGCACUGCGAAAGUAUCGUACUCGCACUAAUUGCAUUUAAGCACUACAGAUCUUUUUGUUAACGCAAAUCCGCAUUACCAAUUUAAUUUGUAAUGCCAAGCCAAUUUGUAAUGCAAUUUAUACUAGUACGAUGCUUUUGCAUUGCAUAGCCGAAUCUGAUGAAAGCGAAGAAGAAACCUUUGGAGAAGGUGGAGGCCGCGUCGUUCGGCGUCGAUUUGGCACCGAAAAUGAAGAUUUUAUCCGUCGAGGACCCGCCGGUGAGGGCGGCCGGGGUGAAGGUAUGAGACUGCACAACCCCACUUGAUUUCCUCAUUUGUAAUGCAUAAUACCAAGUAGAAGUACGCGACAUGACAUCUCGCUGUUCCCUUUAAGCACUCGAUGCAUAAGAAAUCUUGCUUUUGGGACGACGACGACCUCAAACAGCACUAGAAUCCUUGCGCAGGAGACGAUUUGUGAUGCCAAAGACACAGUCUGCGCGCUGCUUGUGAUGCUGUUGUUCAUGCCAUACAAAUGAGUGGGAGGGGAACAAGUUGUGCACUCUCAUAGAAGGUGGCAGACGUCGACGAGCUAGUGGAUAAGCUGAAGAACGUAUCGCAAGAAAAAACUGUUUCGCUGUGAACUUGUGGUGCAUAGAAUGCAACACAGAAGUAUUUGUCUUGCUACACCUGCAUAGAACAUCGAAUUUUUAAGCGUGUUUAUCUCAUCCCUUGGGAAGCGCGCAUGGUAGCUUUUCUGCGGUCAUGUGUAUUAACAAACUUCAACUUGUGAUGCAGAUCUUGCAAAAGCGUCACAGUGAAAUAGUUUGUUCGUGGGAUAGAAGGAGGCGAAGGUGAUUUGAAGAAGGAGAGCAGACGACACCGUAGCUACGUAUAGGUCACAAGUACGUUCUUGCAUGAAGAUCCUCCUGUGUAAAAAGCCCGUUAGCAUCAAAUCGAAGACCAAGAGGAGGCGGAACUUUAUUGCUGUUCUCCUCACGACCCUCGAGUACUGCUAGUAGUUCAGUUGCUCCGUGGUAACUAAGUACGUCCAACGGCACGACAACGAACCAGGAAAUAAAACGCAGAACAAAAUUUUUACCAGCACGAGCAGCAGGAAGAACAACAACAAACAUUCUCUCCUUCGUUCUAAGUAUAGAUGCAAUUGGGAACCAAGACUUUUUGAAGAUAGAGAAAGUUAGUAUAAGUAGUAAGUCUAUAAUAAAGUAUGUAU